CGCCUCUCUGCUCCAGUGUGGACGCAAUGACUCUCAAGCCACUAUCGACGCCUAUGGCCGAAACUUAUAUACUGCUCGCCUCAAAGUGUCUCUCGCCUUUGCCUGAACAGCUUCCCCUAUCCAUAUCUACCCCUACCACCGGCUUUCGUCCGUAUCCCUUCCUGUCUGCACUGAGCCUUCACUGCUUUUCGGGUCACAAGGACUGCCCGUCAUUAUACUGACGAGUCGGGAGUGCAUCUUGCCCGAACGGACAUCACCAUGUGGUGCGAUAAUUGUGGUCUCAUCUUCCCCCUGAGGAGCGGCGCGACUGUCUGGACGGUUCUUAUUGUUCUGUACUCAGUCAUCGGAGCUGUGUUCCUGUUCUACUGGGGUCCGUUUGUGUACUUUGUGUCUCCGGAGUGGAACAUCUACGCCGUCGUUGCUCUGCUGGUAGCUGGAGUGGCGCUACUUGCCAUUACUGGACUGGCGACGAGAUCGUACAUGUUGACGCGAUUGACUUUCUUUGUUUGGCCGCCACUGAUGGUCUUGGUGGCCAUUAGGGCUGGUGUUAUGGUCUAUGAGCUCAACAAGAAUCAGACACAAUUCACCUGGGAGUGCGCAAACGACUAUGCCCUCUGGCCCGCCUCAGCCACUGCCGGAUACGCAAGCACCGGUGCUACCAUGCCGAAGCUGCUGUGCGACUAUGGGUUCCACAGCUUCUACACCGGCGUGGCCGCCUCAUUGGUGCUGGACUUGGUUUUCCAGAUCUACGGAUGGUUCCUCGUCUGGAGGUACAAGGCGAGCCUCGAGCAUGCUUACCGUCUGGUGCAAACUGACAAGACACUGUACUGAGAUGUGCCUGAGGAGGCAAUGUUGUGCAGAACUCUGAACCUUCGCUCACUCAUCGGCGCCAUAUGACGACCUUUCAAGACCUGACGAAUUUCUUCGAUACCCGACACCCGAUACCCUAUCGUUCCAAAUCCUUCCUGCCUGAUUCGUCAUGCCUUCUCACGUCCGAACUCUCUCGUCGCUACUUAUCGCAUUUGACCCU